AUGAUCAUUAUGCAUGAUUAUCCUCUUUCCAUGGUGGAGCAUAGUGGAUUCAAAGAUUUCACAAGUACCAUUCAACCUCUUUUCAAGUGUCCUUCUCGUAAUACUUUGAAGAAUGAUAUCAUGAGGAUUUACAGUGAAGAAAGGAAUAAAGUGAUGAGUUUGAUUGAAAACGUUGAUAAUAGGGUGGCUAUUACAACAGACAUGUGGACUUCUAGUAACCAAAAAAUGGGUUUUAUGGCUGUUACAACACUUUUCAUUGAUAAGUCUUGGACAUUGCAUAGCAAAAUUUUGAGGUUUAUCUAUGUCCCUUGCCCUCAUACAAGUGAUGUGUUGACCAAUGUGUUAAUUGAUGUUAUGCUUGGGUGGAAUGUGGACUCAAGAUUAUCCACAAUUACGGUGGAUAAUUGCUCUACCAGUGAUAGUAUGAUUGGUAAGAUUAAAGCAAAAUUGAAUGUUGGACUUUUUUUGAAUGGUGGAUCUUUAUUGCAUAUGCGUUGUUCUGCUCAUAUCUUGAAUCUUAUUGUUAAGAUUGGUUUAGAUGUGAUUAAGCAUGCCAUUGAUAAUGUGAGGGAAAGUGUAGUUUUUUGGACAGUAUCUCCAAAAAGAAUAGAAAAGUUUGAGGACGUUUGUCAACAAAUGAAAGUGCCUUAUGCUAAAAGGUUGUGUUUGGAUUGUCCUACUAGAUGGAACUCUACUUAUUUGAUGCUUAAAACUGCUUUGGUUUAUAAGUCUGUGUUUCCUCGAUUUAAAUUAUUUGAAUCACAAUAUAAGAAUGUGCUAAGUGACAUGGAUUGGGAAACUGCAAAAGAUGUUCGUGACAGAUUAGAGUUGUUUUAUAAUGUAACUGAGUUGUUUCCUGGGACAAAAUAUCCAACUGCUAAUAUAUACUUUUCAAUAAUUUGUAAGGUCAAGUUGACAUUGAAUGAGUGGGUCAAGUCUCGCAAUGAAGUGAUUAGUACAAUGGCAAAAAGCAUGUCAGAUAAGUUUAAUGCAUAUUGGAAUGUGAUUCAUAAGUUGAUGGGUGUUGCUGUAGUGUUAGAUCCUUGGUGUAAGAUGACUUUUCUUGACUUUUACUCUCCUAAGAGGAAAACUACUAAAGUUAUUAGUUUUAGAACUGAAUUGGACCUUUACUUGGAUGAAGAUGUUAUAGUUGAUAAUGAUCAGUUUGAUAUUUUACUUUGGUGGAAAAUGAAUGGCGUGAAGUAUCCUACCUUGCAAACUAUUGCAAGAGAUAUAUUAGCCAUUCUUGUAUCUACUAUUGUUACAGAGUCAGCAUUCAGUUCUAGUGGGGAGACUAGUGAGUCCUUAUCAUAA